GAGUAUCUUCUCCCAUCAUCUUAGAAUCGAAUGGUUGCGCUAGGAAGAGUCGCUCUUAUGAGUAGUCAUAUUUUCCGUCUAUUUGUUUGACGCCGCUUGGCGCAUUCUUGGCUCACCUUUGGAAGGAACGAACAAUAGCUUGUUAUCGCAAUCGCCAUCCUAUUCACCUUCCUCGGAAUUUCGCUUUGGGGCGCUACCACUUUCCUUUAGAUUUCCCUCUGAGUUCGUUCUUGCCUUUCAUGAACACAGCACAUGGUCACCCGGAGACUUCGACACUAAUGGACUCCAACAGCGCCCCAGCGAACAUGGCGACGAUGAACGACAGCCAGAACGGAAUGUCCCAGUGGAAUCCAGUCAAUGAGGAGCAGGGGGGUAACGGCGGUAAGAAACCUCGGUGGAGCGACGACGAAGAUAAGACACUUUGCGAGCUGUUGAAGACCCACUGGCAACUCGAAAAGGAUAACUUGGCCAAGCUGAACGGCACGAAGUUCUGGCCACUCAUCUCGGCGAAGCUUAAGGAAUGUGGCUUCGACAGGACUUCGGAACAAUGCAGAAGCUAUUGGUACGGCCAACUGCGUCUUCGAACUGAGUUCAAGGACACUCUACAGUUCCGCUCAGUCAACGAACGCAACAAUACGCCUCUAUCUAUGGCCUCCAAGACUGCAACGGAUACCACCGCAUCAGGAGCAUCCAUGUUUGGAAAACGCAGUAGCUCUGGAUCAUUCUCCACCAUUGAGGCCGGAACAGGCACUACCUCUGGUUCAUUGCUCAACACUGGGGCAGAACCUUCUGGGGAAACCACAACUGAGACUCCGAAGACUAGAAGUGACAUUUCCUUUCAGUCAAUGUCCAAGGCCGUCUUUGAAGCCGACCAUACUCUUUCAUCCUCAAUGUCCAAAUCAAAGAAGGAGAAUGGCGGGAUGGCCCGCUGGGCCGAACACGAGACUCAAAAGCUACGUGAACUCGUUAUUGCCAAACGCAAAUCUAUGGGCAUGGACAAAAAGGAACUCGGUCUCGCGUUCUGGACUUCAAUCUCCCAGGAGCUCGAGAACAAUCAAAUCCACCGUUCCCCGCAAGCAUGCGCACGUCGCUUCCAGAGAACCAGCAAAUUAGGAGCGACAGAGCCAGGUCUUCGAUCAGAUGACACGCCUGAUCCAAUGCCUGAGAAGGCUAGCCCGUACUACCCAAAGCCGAACAAUGAGGGUACCGACACCGAUGCUGAUGCUGAUGAUGGCUCCAAGUCGGACCUGAACGAUGGCGAUACCCCUUACGGCGAGCCACGACGUGGAUCACGCAAGCGAGUAAGCAAGGGAGUUUGGACCGACGAGGAGCACAACAGAUUGGUGCAGCUUAUGAAAGCACGAAGACAAUUGGAGAGCGAGGAUGAGAGUCUGGAGAAGCUCAGCAACUAUAAGCUAUAUGCUCUGGUCUCGAAGCAGCUCAAGCAAUACCUCAUCGAGAGAAGUGCUGGCGCUUGUAACCUUUACUGGAACAACAAAGGAUUUGCUCGUUCCGGAUUUGACAACUCUCCAGCAAUUUCUCGGGAAGGAAACCUCAGAAAGUCUUCUACCCGGGAAUUGUCUCCAGUAGGCAAGAACAUCGAAAAUGCCUUUUCUCGGCUGCCCCGUCAAGAUUUUGAUGACUCGCCUGUUAUCCAAGGCUUUCGCAAGGUAAGAAGCCAGCCCAUAACAUUGUACAGUAUUAUUGAGCAUAAUGGAAAACGCAUGAUGCUGACAGGCUAGGAGGAUGCUGGGCAGUUACCAGCUGCUGCUAAGCGCCCGAGGGGACUCAGUGAAUUCCUUAGUGAGGAGGAUCACGACAACGAGCCAAACGAUCUGGACAGAGUCAAGCGUAGACGCUC